AUGAUUACUUGGUUUAGAUUUAAACAAAUAGUACUAAAUAGAGUCUAUUCUCUCUUAGCUGUUACUGAAACAACAUCGGAAUUACGUACAAACGGUAUUCAAAAGUCUCCUGUUUAUUCGUCGUCGGCUAAUAAUUUAACUAAUGGCUCCAAAGGACCUUCAGUUGCUACUCGUCGAACAAAUUUAUUUACAAGUAAUCGUAUUCAACCAACUACUGAAUAUAAUUAUGAAGCACAUUUACCAAUAAUUCGAGAUGCAGCUGGUCCUGUUGAACGACAAAAUCAAUUUCAUGAUGGUCUACAAACUACUCCUCGUCCUAAAACUCCUUUAACAAAUACUAGUCCAAAAAGUCUUGGCCGUCCAGCAUCGGCAUCGAUUUCAUCCAUAUUUAAUACGCUUACAAAACGAUCAACAGAAAAUUUUAUGAAUUCCAAUGGUGAAAUUGAUGAAUUAAUAUUACCAUCUAGUCGUCAGUCACGACGACCAAGCAAUGAAAAUAAUAAAUAUGGAGCUGGUACUAAUCAAGCAACGACUAUAAAAGAAACAGUGGCAUCUCAAAAAAAUGCAAUUGAGAGUAGAGUUGAUACUCGACAUUCAACAAGUCCAUAUGAUAACAAUCAACAACAACAACAGCAACAACAACAACAACAACAACAACAACGUGGUUUAAUAUUAUCAACUAGACUUCGAUCAGCUAUACCACAUGUACAAGUUGAAAUUCCUUAUGUCAGCGAAGCAACCGCAAAAGAACGAACAAAUACUGGUCAACUUUAUCAACGACACACAAAUAAUAAUUUUAAAGCACCAAUCAAACAAAAAAUAGAUAAAUAUCGUCGUCGGUCAGAAGAAGUAACACAAGCUAUGAAUGGAAACCCAUUAAUAAUUGCAGCAAAUGCUGGUUUAUCUGCUACAACACCAACAUUAGCUAGUCUAGCAUCAACACAUUUAAAACCACCACCAUCUCCAAUACCGAUUCGUCGUGUUACAUCAGAUGCUGAAAUUCAAGCUCGUCUAGAUGUACUUCGUUUAUCUAUGAAUUCAAAUCUUGUUCAAGUCGAUCAACUACAACGACAACAACAAACUUCUCGUAAUUGUCUUAAAUCUCCAUAUUUAUAUACUACACAUCAACAGUUAGCUCCACCAACAACUCCUCAAGCUCCACAAGUAAUUCUUCGUCGUAGUCAACUAAAUUCUAAUGGUACAUAUUCUCAACAUCGUCCAAAUAAUGGUGUUAACUAUCGUCGAUUACAACAAUCAUCUGUAAAACAAUCAACAAAUAAUAAUCAAGCAAAUCUUUAUUUAGCUUUUAUUGCAUCACGUCAUUUAUCAACAUCAGAAGAUGCACAUAUUGAAUAUGAUAUAGAUCAUCCAAAAUUAUUAAGUAUUUUUUCUUGGCUUAAAAAUGUUGAAGAACAUCGUCAUCAACAAUUAAAUCAUGAUAAAUUAAUAAUUGAACAAAAUCAACGUAUGUUAGAUAAAGAAGAUGAUUUAUCAUUAUAUUCUGAAAUUCAAUAUGCUGUUGAUGAUCUACCAGCAAAUACAAGUGGAAAACCAUGUGAAAAAAUUGCUACUAUGAAAUUUGAAGACUAA